GGGCCAAGAUGGCGUGGUGAUAAGGCGUGUUUUCGUGAGUGGAGGUACGGCAACACGUUUCUUGCAAAACUUUUUAAUGUAGUGCAUAUUUUUCCUCCCCAAUUAUAAAGUGAACAAUCUAUGGAUUCGUUAUAAGAACUGUGGAUGACUAUUUGAACAUACAAAUAAUAACUUUAUUGCUGUCGUUGAACAACGCUGAAGUGUUAGCUUGUAAAGCUAGGUAGGCUAGCAAUUAUGUCGACUAGAAAGCAGUUGUCCGCGCUGGAAGUGAUGGAAGUGGACCAGGCUAAAGAAAAAAGAAAACAUGACGACAUUCAUUCAUACGCCUGUAAAGCUGGUGGAAGAUGUGAAUCUUCACCUAGUACACCAAAUCAGACCCCUGCACCAAAAAAAACGAAGAAUGUUGAACCAACCGCAGCUUCAGAGCCAAGUUUAAUGGAAGUCCAGAACAACAUUAUACAGAUUAUCACAGAGAAAAUCAACAACCGAGCAGACCACUUGGAAACAAUGAUAAAGAACAACUCCAAAGAAAUUGAAAGCGUUUGUGAAAGUUUAAACUCAAUUCAUUCUGAUGUUAUGGGUCUGAAAAAAGAAAACGAAAGUUUGAAAAAAGAAAAUAUGGAACUGAGGAAAAAAGCUGCAGAACUGGACCAGCGGAUGAAUGACCAGGAACGAUACAGCCGCAGGUGGUGCCUACGACUUCAAGGAGUGGCGGAAAAUUCAUCGGAAAAUGUGAAAGAGAGAGUGAAGGAGAUCUGCAGAGCCGUGGUCCCGGAGGAGCAGAGGAACGUAGUGACGACGGCGGUGGACAUCGCACACCGAGUCGGCCGACUCAGAGCCGGGGAGGAUAAACGGGUGAAUUCACGGCCGAUCAUCAUCAGAUUUACUACAAGAACGGCGAGGGAUCUCAUUUGGAAACAUGCCAAGCAGAGUCCUUUUCUCAAGACUCAAAGCUUACGCUUCAAGGAGGAUCUCACAGCUGCUGAUAAGGAAGCAAGGAGUCGACUAUGGCCCGCGGUGGACCGAGCCAGGAAAGAAGGCAAAGCUGCUUAUUUCAGCGGGGCGAGAGCGUUCAUCGAUGGCAAAGAAAUACUUCCAACCUAGAUGUACUGUAUAACAGGUAGUCAGUUCGGGAAAUAUUUACAUUUUGUUCAUAAAGUUUCUCAGGUUUAUCCUCUUACCGUGAUAAAGGAAAAGCUUCAAGGAGACGUUAGAAAUUGAUUAAAAAAAAAAAAAAAAAAAAAAAAUCCAAAGUGUGAAGUUUAAUUGUGAAAAGAGGAUGGUUUAUGCAAAAGUUCUAUUUAUUUGCGCAAGAAGAUUGUUGCCUAUAGAAAACACUAAAGUUUAACCAAGUUAAGCUAGUAAUUUGUUUUUGUUUCUUUUAUGUCUCUUUUCGUUUGUUCUGUCAAUGCCAGAGGUUUAAGAGAUUUACUUAGAAGGAAAGCUUUUUUUUUG